AUGCAGCAGAGCUCUAUCAAAGGCUUCUUCAAGCCCAAGGCUUCCCAAGCAAACAAGUCUCGAACAAACCACGACCGACAAGAGCAGAGACCAGGCCAGCCGUAUCGCUCUCGACCAAACGACCCCAGACUAAGCCAUCGUGGCCAGCAUCGGGGUGGCAACAGACCGCGCAACAUGGAGCUCAAGAAAGUUGCUGAGGAGACCAAAGCUGUUCUACCAGCUGUUCUCCAAUCCCUGCCUAGGUUUGCGGCUGAUGUAUCGUCCAUACACGACCUAAGCGGAUUAGCACCCCUUGAUGUGACUGACUGCCCAGGACAUGUCCUUCCCAAUACCGACAAGGACGCCGGCAAAGUAGGCACCAGAAUACGCGUCUUGGAAACAGACUCUUUUGAUGCUGCGAUUGAGCUUCAGCCAAACUACAAGGUCCAUGUGCACCUGAGCAAUUCUUCGCGCGUGGCGACAUCCGUCCCAAUAGACGAUAAACCUCAAAUCAACCCAGCAACGGAUGACGAGGAGAUGGAUCUGGAUGGUCUACCUUUGAAUCGGCUCCAGGCUCCGAUCCAACCCUGGGAUCUUUUCAAUAAAACACCACAACAAACCAGUCCGCAAACUCACACUACGACUUCUCCUCAUGUCCCAAAACCCGUCGCGGUCCUCAAUCUCGCGUCUGAGCGCCAUGCCGGCGGCGGCUGGCAAAACGGCGCCAUGGCCCAGGAAGAAGCUCUCUGCUACCGCUCAUCGCUCUAUUUCUCGCUCCACAAAUCCUACUACCCCUUACCUUCCCUUAGUGUGAUCUACACCCCCAAUGUCCUCGUCAUCCGUGCAGCCACAUCCACUGGUCAUGCCCUAUAUACUUGUUCAGCCUCCGACCUCCCCGUUACAUCCGUGAUCAGCGUUGCCGCCCUCCGACACCCAGCUCUCACAGAUGACGGCAAGAAAUUCAGUGACGGAGGUCAGCGCGCAGAAACAAAGAGGAAAAUCAGGGCGAGCCUGAGAACUGCGGCGAGCAAGGGGCACACGAAGCUGGUUCUUGGAGCUUUGGGGUGCGGCGUGUUUAGUAAUCCUCCAACUGAAGUGGCUGAGUGCUUUCUCGAGGUAUUUAGGGAGAUAGAGUUUCAAGGUGGAUGGUGGGAAGAUAUCGUCUUUGCAGUCAUGGAUAACGCAAGGGGUGACCAGGGAGGGAAAGAUGGGACGGGCAAUUUUGGUCAGUUCCACCGGGUUCUUGACAGCCAGGUCGUGUAG